AUGACGUGCGCGCUCGCUUGGCUUGUGCACCCUUUUUUGUCUCGAAAAUCUUCUGAAAUCAGAUCUUCUUAUCCUCGUCAAUCCAACCACAUGCUCCAUCGUCUUCCUAAGCUUCGACACACCAUCUUCGGCUCACCCAUCAGCUACCACCAGAUUCGCCGCCUUUCCCUCCGCACGCAGCAUCGCAGAAUGUCGAUCCCCACCGUCACAUCCUGGACCGGUCCGCCCAUCCUGCUCGGCGUCAUCGGUGGAUCGGGACUCUACAAGCUCGACUCCAUCACACCCGUCGCCGAAAUCUCCAUCACCACUCCCUGGGGUUCACCUUCUUCACCCAUCACCAUCGCCAAGACUCCCGCCGAUAACCACGUCGCAUUCCUCGCUCGUCAUGGUCGAAACCACGCCAUCCUACCUUCCAACGUGCCUAAUCUCGCCAAUAUUGCUGCGCUGAAGCAUCUCGGUGUGAAAGCGAUCCUCGCCUUCUCGGCUGUAGGGUCGUUGCGCGAGGAGAUCGCACCGAAGGACUUUGUGAUUCCGAGUCAGAUCAUCGACCGCACCAAGGGCAUUCGUCGGUCGAGCUUCUUCGGUUUCGGAGAGGAAGAAUCCGUCGUCGCACACGCCGGUUUCGGCGAUCCGUUCGACGAAACCCUGCGUCCCAUCGUCUACGAAACGGUCAAGUCCACCCUCUCCUCCCACCCUCUGACCGUCCACACCGGCAAAACAGUAGUCUGCAUGGAAGGACCGCAGUUCUCCACGCGCGCAGAAUCCCUCAUGUACCGCACCUGGGGUGGCGACAUCAUCAACAUGUCCGUCCUCCCCGAAGCCAAGCUCGCCCGUGAAGCCGAAAUCUCCUACGUCCUCAUCGCCACCGCCACCGACUACGACGCUUGGCGUCCUGCCAGCGCCGCCGUCAACGUGGCCGAGGUCAUGGAAAGCCUCAAAGCAAACGUCGAAGCCAGCAAUCUCGUCACCACAAAGGUCCUCGAUAGAAUCUGGUCAGAGAUCGAUAGCGACGAUAAACCCGCGGUUAAGGGUAUCAAGGACUCGAUGCGGUUCAGCAUCAUGACUAGGUCAGAGUUCGUAGCGGACAAGGCAAAGAGCAACUUGAGGUUCUUGCUGCCUUGGUUCGCCCAGGAGUAG